UUGUGCUGAUUUCAAUAGUCAGGCGCACCUGGGUAGUGGUGGAGGCGAGAGUUGUUUGAUCGACAUCGAUUUUCUGCAAGCCACAUCCCCAGAUCAUGUACCCCUGUCGACCCACUCCACUGUCUCACACUGACCCACCCUGGUGGACCCAUACCAGCUUGACAGCAAUAAAACUCCACAAUGGCUCACCAAAACUAUCACGACCAUAAGUCGCGUCAGGCUUCUCCAACCCGGGCCAAGACCUCCCAUCAACUCACCAGCACCCACACCUAAUCAUGGCCUCCUUCACCGAGUCCCUCCCGGCCGACCUCUUCGACCCCACAACUCUCAUCUCGCUCGCGUCCACGGUGGCCAUCCUGGCCGUGGCCUACGCGUUGUCGCUAUGGGCACUUCCUGACCGCGCCACAACGUCAGGCACUCAGCGGUUCCUCUUCAUCUGGCACGCAUUUGACGCGCUUCUACACUUCAUCCUCGAGGGCUCGUUUCUGUACCACUGCUUCUUCUCGUGGGUCGACAUUGCGGAUGUCGCGGACCCGAGUAGCCUCGCCCCCUCGCCGAGUAAUUACCUCGGAUAUCAAGGACGGGCGUACGGGCCUCAGGCCGGCGGGGACAACGCGUUUGCGCAGCUGUGGAUGGUAUAUGCGAAUGCAGACUGGCGGUGGGCAGGCGCCGACUUGACCAUAAUCUCGCUCGAGCUCCUGACGGUCCUCCUCGCCGCGCCCCUGGCGUGCCUGAUCUGCUACGGCCUCGCCCGCAAGGACCCCCGGACCAACAUCCUCAUGAUUGUCGUCGCCACGAUGGAGCUGUACGGCGGGUUCCUCACCUUCUGCCCGGAGUGGCUCACGGGCAACCAGUACCUCGACUCGAGCAACUGGAUGUACCUCUGGCUGUACCUCGUGUUCUUCAACAUGCUGUGGGUGUUUGUGCCUGCGUACGUGCUCCUCGUCGCGGGGCUGGAUGUCGUCGACGCGCUGAGGGUCAGGGCGGAGGUGCAGGCCGGGAAGAAGGCGCAGUAAGGGGCCUGAGUGCUGGGCUACGAGAAGAAAGAAAAGAGACUCGGUAGGAACUCGGGGUGUGGGCGCAGAUGAAAGGGGAGAGGACGGAGGAGGUUGGAUUCAUCUUUUUGAAAUAUGGAUGCGUCCACGAUGC